AUGCGAAACGAAAAUGUGCUGACGCAGAAUUGUGACAUGCUGGACACAGUAGGCAACAAAUUGGAAGAAAUUUUAAAAAACCUGGAAAAUAUUUUAGUCCACCUGGAUCCACUAAACAAUUAUGAAGCCAAGGAAGAUUCAAUGUUCGCCAAUUUGAAUGACGAACAGAAUGAAAUUAUUAUUUUGUCCAAUGUGAUAUAUGAAAAUAUUAACCAACUUACAUGUAUGCUUCACGAUUUUAUUAAAACCAUUCCCCCUUCGUAUACGUACCACACGACGUUCCACGCAAACAGCUUUGUUAUCUUGAGGGAGAAUAGAAAGGAAAAAAAAAGACAAGAUGUGAGGAUGUCCUUGGAUAAUACUCAGAAGGGUGUCACGCCACACGAUGGAACAGCACCGGCUGACGUAGAAACGACGCAACAUCACGAUAGAAUAGUGGAAGACACCCAAUCGGAAAUUAAAAAGAACAAAGGUACUCAUUCAUAUGAUCAACAAAGUAGCGAGUUAGCCAGUUACCCCCCUUCCCCUGCUAAUUUCAAAUUCAUCGACAAAAGAAAGUUCAAACCGCCGCAGAUAUUCAAAAAAAAAACGGUUGAAGAAUUCUUCUACUUUUCUCAAACGGUCGAUUUAGAGUAUGCUAAUUUGUUAUACAUGCAAAAGUAUGAACAGAAACUUCAAGAAUAUUUAAUUAAGGCGAGGUAG